AACCACACUCAAAUCCGAGAAGGAGAGUUAAUCUACGCGCCAACAGAGGCGCGUGGAGUUCAAAUCAUCUCUCGUCGUACCGUCAGGUCCACCACCACUGCCCCAUUAGUAUCUCCACCGUACAAAAACUCUUAAGCUCCGAUUAGAUUCACCGAAUCACACAAUCUUAAACAUCCCUCCUUUCAUGAUGCUGAUGCGGAGGAUUCCGUUAUCGUGAAGACUUGUCCUUGAUACCAUCAUCUUUAGGAUUUUCAAUUUUCUUUCUGCUCGCUUUCGGACUUCAAUGGCGCCUUUUGUUGAAGUCUGCAGGUAUAAGCCUGUACCACUCUCACUGAGCUCUCUCUGUACAUGUCCUUGCCGUUCCUCUCCUAGAAAAUCUCUAAUUCUUCCCCAUUUCUCCGAAAAGUAUCCGAAUUUGGGUCUCAUCGAUUCCAAAGCAUUGACUCGUUCUCGCUUUUGUCGUAUUCCUGUUAACCGGCGUAUUAUCACGGCCGUUGCUCGAGCUGAAUCAAAUCAAAUAGGUGAUGAUGGCGAGGAGCACAGCAGAGAUCAGGAACUGCAAAUUAUUGAAGAAGAUUCGAGUGUAGAUGAUCAGAAGCAGAAAUCUAGAAGCCAGUUUAAGAAAAGAGUAAUUUUCGGUCUAGGAAUUGGAUUGUCUGUAGGAGGUAUUGUAUUAGCUGGAGGAUGGGUUUUCACAGCAGCAUUGGCAGCUGCGGUUCUUCUAAGUGCCCGAGAAUACUUCGAACUGGUGAGAAGUAAAGGAAUUGCUCAAGGAAUGACACCUCCUCCACGAUAUCUUUCUAGAGUCUGCUCGAUUAUUUGUGCCCUUAUGCCCAUACUUACAUUGUAUUUUGGUCAUAUAGAUAUCUCGGUGACAUCCGCAGCAUUUGUUGUUGCAAUGGCAUUGUUGUUACAGAGAGGAAACCCGCGUUUUUCUCAGCUGAGCAGUACGAUGUUUGGGCUGUUUUACUGUGGAUAUCUUCCUUGUUUCUGGGUUAAGCUACGCUGUGGUCUUACUGCUCCUGUUCUAAACACCGGAAUUGGAAGAAGCUGGCCAAUUAUUCUCGGUGGCCAAGCACAUUGGACAGUUGGACUUGUUGCAAUAUUGAUUUCAUUCUGCGGUAUAAUUGCGUCAGACACAUUUGCUUUUCUCGGUGGCAAGGCAUUUGGUAAAACUCCUCUUAUUAGCAUUAGUCCAAAGAAGACAUGGGAAGGAGCUGUUGCAGGACUUGUUGGUUGUAUAUCCAUUACCAUUUUACUGUCCAAAUCUUUGUCUUGGCCUCAACCUCUUGUCAGCACGAUAGCUUUUGGAGUUCUUAACUUCUUCGGAUCAGUCUUUGGUGACUUAACUGAGUCAAUGAUCAAACGUGAUGCGGGUGUCAAAGACUCUGGCUCACUCAUCCCUGGACACGGUGGAAUAUUGGACAGGGUUGAUAGUUACAUUUUCACUGGUGCAUUGGCCUACUCGUUCGUGAGACUUCAUGGAGUUUGAUUCUAUGGUGUAUCUCCAAAAAAACUCAUCAUAGCUUCAACUUCAAGAAAACUUACAAAGCCGGUUCAAUUUUUCCCCUCUACGAGAAGAUAUAGCAAUGACUGGUGGGUGACGUGGCUGCAGAAAGUCUGAGAUUAGCCUCCGGUUUGUUGUUUGAUAGAGCCGGUAUGCGACUUUUUGCUUCAAUGGGAGUUAGUAACGGGUUCAUUAGGCGAAUUGUCGGACCGUUGCUUUUGUGUUGUCUGACUGGUCCAUGAAACGGUGACGUAUGGAAUUGAUUUACUUUCACACAAAAAAAAAGAAAAGAAAAAUGAAUCAUAUUGUUUUCCAGAGAAAUGGACUUGAACUGAUAAAGAAAAUAACAAAAAAGAAAAAAAAGACUAAAAUCAUGUGGGGAUGUCAA